AUGGUAUCUAUCGCCGACGAGGUAGGGAUGACCCUUUUGGAGGAGGAGUAGGAGGCCUGGAGUUACGGCUUCCAGUUGUCCACUGCCUCCCUUCUCCCGAUGACUGUCAGGGCGAUCGAGCUGAACCUUCUCGACAUCAUCAGCCGGGCAGGUUCCGGUGCCCAGCUCUUCCCUGAGGAGAUUGUCGCCCAGCUACCCACCGAGAACCAGGAGGCGGCCGUCAUGGUCGAUCGUAUUCUCCGCCUCCUCGCCAGUUACUCGAUCCUCAUCUGCUCCGUCGUCAACGACGAAGUCAGAAAGGCCCGGAGACGCUAUGGCCCGGCUGCUGUCUCCAGGAUCCUCAUAUCGAACAAGGAAUGGCAACUCCAUGACCACCCUGAUGCUCUUGAACGAGGACGAGAUUCCCAUGAAGAGCUGGUAUCACUUAAAGAACUCGGUUCUGCAAAGGGAGGUCCCAUUCAGCAGGGCCCACGGAAUGACGUUGUUUGAGUACCUCGGGACGGACCCCAGAUUCAACAAAGUGUUCAACGCCAGUAUGUCAGACUACUCUAACAUAACCAUGAAAAGAUGCUGGGGAUCUACCAGGGGCUCCACGGGCUCGGUGUUCUGGUGGACUUCGUGGUAGGGUCGGAGCCACGCUCAAACUGAUCAUCUCCAAGCACCAAUCCGCUACCACGAAGUCCCAGGUACAACAAGGACGAGCACAGACCCCAGUUCCACGGACCGAAACAUCCGCUAAUUUCUCAUAGCGAUGGAGGAACAUUGGGUACGCUUUUACGGAAGGCUUUGUUCUUUUCAAUGCGCGGGCGUGGAGCAUGUGGGCGGCGCCAGUGGCGACGCCAUCUUCAUGAAGGUGACCGGCUCUCCCGUUGAUUUCCCCGCUUCCUGUCUUCCCAAUCUCCUCCAGCGUUUCAUCGAUUAGUCACGCUCUGUCGGAACUGUGUUUGCAGUGGAUCCUUCACAACUGGAGCGACGAGCACUGCCUGAAGGUUCUGAAGAACUGCUGGAAAGCGCUGGCGGAGCAGGGGAAGGCCAUCGUCAUGGAGGGUAUUCUGCCCGAAGCGCCGGAGGCGACCAGGGAGGCCCAGGGCCUGUACAACUUGGAUCUGAUCAUGCUGGCCUAAACACCCGGCGGCAAAGAGAGGACUGAGAAGGACUUCCGGUCGUUGGCGAAGGGCGCGGGGUUCUGGGGUUUCGCGAAGGUGAGCGCAACCUUCGGCGACUGGAUCAUGGAGUUCGCCAAGUGAGGCAUUGCAUGCCUGAUAUCCAUGUGCUCUUCAGCACUACCGGCCCUCUGGACUUGGCGUUGUUCUUGUUCCUGCUGGUUUCCUCUUACUAUAAUUUAAAAAAAAAAACACUUUUGAGGGGUAGUAGCAGCACAGUUGCCCACACUCAACGCACCUUUUACAACCCAACUGAAGGGCCACACCAUCCAUGGCCCACAUGACUCACAUGACGUGAACGGGUUGAUGGGCGUGGGAGCCACGAUUGCAAAUCCAGUCCAGCGAGCCAUGCGGGCCAUGCAUAUCGAUUUCUCAGUUGACUCGGACGUACAUUUGCUGCUGACUCAACGGCAUUUAAUUUCAAUUAAUUAGGUUAUUAUAAAUAAUAAACGGAAGAAAAAACCGCGACGGAAAAGGAGGAACGAAUGUGUCAUUCUCACGGUAAGUGUUAAUUAUUUUUGA